AUGGCUGGACGUGUUUUGGCUUUCGGAUAUACUGCAGCAAAGUGUUUGUUAAGGAAUAAUAAUGUAGGAGCCUUAACUACAAUUCCAGGAACUGAAGCUGUUUCACAUUCAAUUGCUGGUAUAUCAUUUGAGUUGACAGAUGAUCAGAAGGAAUAUCAGCAAUUAGCUCGCAAAUUUGCGAGAGAAGAAAUGAUACCCAAAGCUGCUGAGUAUGAUAGAACAGGCGAGUUUCCUGUUGAUAUUCUCAAAAAAGCAUGGGAAAUUGGACUGAUGAAUGUACUCAUUCCACAGAGAUAUGGUGGGCCAGAGUUAAGUAUUCUUGAUGCUAGUGUAAUUGCUGAAGAAUUGGCUUACGGAUGUAGUGCUAUGCAAGUAGCUAUGGAAUCCAAUAAUCUUGGUCAAGCACCUUUAAUUAUUGCUGGGAAUCACGAACAGAAGAAGAAAUAUCUUGGACGAAUGGUGGAAGAACCGCUAAUGUGUGCAUAUGCUGCAACAGAGCCUGGUGGUGGAUCUGAUGUUGCCAGGAUGUGUACUUUUGCUGAAAAUAAAGGUGACCACUACGUGAUAAAUGGACAAAAAAUGUGGAUUACAAAUGGAGGAAAAGCUAACUGGUAUUUUGUAUUAGCUAGAACAGAUCCUGAUCUAAAAAGACCAGCAAGUGGUGCCUUUACUGGGUUCAUUGUUGAUAGAGAUACGCCUGGUGUUACACCUGGUAGAAAGGAACUCAACAUGGGACAACGCUGUAGUGACACUCGUGGUAUUACUUUUGAAGAUGUUGUUGUACCAAAGGAAAACGUCUUGUUAGGUGAAGGAGACGGUUUUAAGAUUGCCAUGGCUGCCUUUGAUAGAACAAGGCCACCAAUUGCUGCAGGUCAUGUUGGGCUUGCUCAGAGAGCCUUUGAUGAAGCCACUAAAUAUGCACUGGAAAGAAAAACUAUGGGCAAAGUAAUUGCACAGCAUCAAGCUGUAGCUUUCAUGUUAGCUGAAAUGGCAAUAGGAAUCGAGACUUCGAGAUUGGCCAUCUAUAAAUGCUGUUGGGAAUAUGAUCAAGGUCAUAAAAACACAUACUCGGCUUCCAUUGCCAAAGCAUGGGCUGCAGAUGUUGCUAAUAAAUGUGCUACUGAUGCCGUACAAAUAUUUGGUGGAUAUGGGUAUAAUAGUGAAUAUUCAGUGGAGAAACUGAUGCGGGAUGCCAAGGCAUUUCAGAUUUAUGGAGGAACUACUCAGAUUCAAAGAAUGAUCAUAGCAAGACAAUGGAUUAAUAAAGUCAAGCUUGGAGAACAUUAG